UUUGACGUAACGGACGGAACGUUUAAAUAUCGCGUCUCUCAGUUGUACGAAUUUAGUGCCAUUGCACACCAUAGGGCACUUGGAAAAUACUACAAAACGCAUGAAAUUUUCAAAGGAAGUGGGCUUAUCAAUCACAGCAGGUUUUGGUAGGUUUGUCCGAAGUCUAUAAAGAAUGACCACUGAGACCUAUUCUGACUUGACCUUUGAGCGAGGGAAGGUGUCAAAAAGGGCGUUGAGACCAAAGCUAUUAAAAUUAACAGAUGUUACGAUACCGCACCGCAGUCGAAAAAAGAACAAAGUGAAGACGAAAGUCCGUUCAGUUACUUCAGUGCGCGAGAGAAUUUACGAUGAUCCGGCUUACACCGAGGAUAUAAGCCACUUGGCGAAUCCCAUGCGCCGCAAUAGCAUUUCCGGGAAGCCUUUAUCAGAGCACAAGGUGCGGUCUGACACUGGCAACCAGCCUUCAUCCAGCAGCCGGCCGCCAAAGAACCAAUUUAUCAAGGAGUUCCAUCAAUAUAUGACCGAAAAGCAGAGCAAAUCCAAGGCCAGUGCAGCCUUAAAUUACGAAAGUGAUUCGAGCAGCACAGACAAUGAGCCGCUGGUGCCAAUCAAAGGCAGCAUGACUCGCCGAGUGCGCAGUCUGGAGCGCAGUCUGGCCGCCACUGCCUCAGAAAGAGUCGAAAAAAAGGGAACACAGAAGCGCAACUCAAAGCAAAAACGGAACCUCAGCCUUGACAAUAGUCGCCAGUUACCUCCAGGUCAUCCGCAACGGGAAACGGAAAUUGCGGGGAAGCAUGGUCACGAUUUUGAUAUUCGACUUCGCAAGGAACGUAGUCGAAAUCACUACGGUGACGUCGCCACAAAAGUUACUCCAACGGAAGUCAGCGAACUAGAUGAAGGGUACUCUGCACGCAGUUCGGCUCAAGACUCUGCCGUCACAGUACCUACAGACUCAGCCGCCGAAGCGGCAAAGGUUGCAAUUGGCAAACGCUUCCUGCGCGGCGAAAUUGGAAUAAAAAGCUUUAAUUACUAUCUGCUCCAGGAAGGCUUAAAGAGUUCAAAAAAGUUAGGGGACAAACCCCGAACCCCUGCUGGUCCCAAGGCAGAAAAACGACAUUCACGCAGCGAGGAGAACAUCUACGAAGAGAUUUUCUUCAAGGAAACUCCCAGCAUAUUGACCUCGUCGGUCACUGGUGUUGCAUCCGGCAUAGCAUUGUCCGUUGCCUCGGCCAUGUCUGACAAAGAUUUUCACAACCAGCACCCACAAAAAAGUGGGGCUCAUCCAAAUGAAAUGAGCGCAACCAGCGACGAAAACGCAUUUGGAGACUGCGAAAUCUGCAUGGAGCAGUGCAGCAAAGACAACUGUGAGUACUGCUUGGCUCCCGUGGAACAAGUUGGAGGUGGAAAGUUAAAAGCGGUCCAGCAUCAGCAGGAACAGAACGUCAGCCAGAGACACCAACAAGAGGGCACUAUAGAAACCCUUACAUCUUCUACUGUUGAUGCUGGGGUCAACGUGCCGGCCGCACAUAUUUUGGAGUUUCAGUCAUACAACCCCAAUAAUCCAGGCGUGUACAAAAUCGAGACGACCCCCGUGGCCAUAACAGGCGACUAUAAUCCAAUACUUCAGUUCCAGCAGUCGUCAGCGACUACGUCCACAUCAGCUACCACCACGCCCAGCGAGCGGCAGCAGCUGCAGCAACAAAUUUAUGGUGGAUACUAUCUUCCGCACCCCCACCAAAGGCCGUGCCAGCAGCCGAUUGCUAGCAAUCCGCUGCCAAGUCACUAUGCUGUGGGUGCCAGUAUGCUCUUCGCCCAGGUUGCCGGUGUCUCUACUGGUUGUGCGACUCCACCGCGCCGACCACAACAUCAGCACUUCAUCGUGGGAUGCCAGAAUGGAGGAGGGUCGGUAGCAGGCGCGGCUUCUUUGCAGCGGCUUAACACGAGGUCUUCUUCCUCUAGCGACUCGCUGCCCUACCACAAAUACAAUACCAUGGCGCGGCUCGAGGCAAACGUGUUCGCGGCACCGGCUCCUGGAGACCUUUACUAUGCAGUCAGUGGAACGCAGCCGCUGCAUCCGCUGAUGUAUGCUGCCAACAGACCGAUUGGAGGGUCCCAGAUAUUGGUUGACCCCUACGACCCUCAGAUAUACAAGAGCGACUCAAAGGCCUCUAUUCUCAGCGAGUUCUCCCUUCGCAGCAGCGAUAACUCCCAGCGUUACGCUCGGCAUCCUCAUCGGCGACAUGGCGGACGGGUCAGUGAUUCGAGUCUCUUUUCGGUGUACUCAAACUCUGGCCAAAGGCGGUACUUUGGUAGCACAGAAAGCAGGUUCGGAUACGAUUGUAGGCGCUGUAGCCUGGAUGGGGUUAUCGGAAUAGGUUCCGCGGCUGGAGUGCCCAUAGCAGCUUCCGAUAAGUGCAGCUAUUCCGACAACUGUCGGUACGAAUGUCGAAAUUGCGAUUGUUCGUCCAAUUACUUCAGUUCGGACUUUGAUGAUGUGUACGGGUCCAUUGUGCGUGGUGGAAGCAGUGGCAUACCGCGCAAGACUGCGGCAGGAAUACUACCAUCUAGUGCUAAGGACGAUACCGUAGAGCACCAAGAAACCGGGCCACUAUCACUGGAUCAGCAGCAAUACGCAGCUCCUCUGGAUCUAAAACAGAACAAAUACGCCCAGGAUUUUUUUAAACAUGUAAACGACGUGAAACGAAGCAUUUAUCAGUCUGAAAUGCAAAGAAACAAUAGCUUGGAACCUACGAGACGGGGUCCAAGAGCCAGUAGCAACACGAGCAGCAAUUCCAAAGCAAGUCCCAAACGGGCCAUUUCCCAGGAACUCAGACAAGAUCCCGUAGUCACUACGCUUCCGCUGAGCAGGGGGCGACCGACUGCAGGAGUGAAGCCCACGCCUGCACCAAGAACGAGUAUACAGGGGCAGACCCCAUUACCAGAUAGUUCCGUGCCAAAAGACCCAAUGCUGUGUAAGCGUAAAAAUCAACCGACUAGUCGGAGGGAGUAUCCUUCUCUGGACCGACUCGUAGCGUCUUCUACGGGAACUAUUCCCAAAAGGAACAACCACCGGACCAUAGCGGACAACGGCUUACAAAGCCUAAAGCUAGCUCCGAAGGCUAAAUCUUUGCAGACUCCUGAUGCAGAGAAAAAAAAUGUAACCAUUGAUGCGCAGUUGCCCUUACCCCUGCCGAAACGGCACCAUCGCAUAAGCGGACCGAAGGCACAUCAAAAUCUACCUGGUGCCAGUACACGCCGAAAAGACAUUCCGGCGCCUCCCCCGCCUUCUCCUGCUACAUAUUCCGAUCUUCAGGAGCUUAAGGCCAAUAUGGAGGGUCUUCAAGACGAUACCAAGUCGCGAAGCUUGGAAAGCGAAACAAACGAUCUGGCGGCAGCCGAUACGUCAAAGCAGUCAAAGAAAAAAGUCUCAAGCGUUCCGUCUGAUAGAAACCUGGAACCCACAACAAGUGUACCAGAUGCAAGUGCGGCGGAGACUGAUGAUAACGAUGUAUUUUACGACGCACACAGCGAGGACUCUGGCGGUGGCUUCUUGCCCUCAGAAGCGAAUGACUUUUCAAAAAAGAGUCCGUCUCACAUGACGACAUCCAAACAGGCCCUGGAGGACAUCAUUGCUAAUGAGAAUCGCAAGGCCGUCAAUGACAGCGAUGUGGCGCAUUCUGCCAAAGAUGACGAUUGCCCACCUUUAGUGGACCCUGCGCUAGAGAGACAUGAGCAGGCGUCCAUGGACACGGCAGCGAGCGCAAUCGGCGAAAAGCCAAGCAAAACAAAACACAAGAAGACUCCAACAAUCACCUCCGGCCAACAUGUUGGUCGAACAUGUUUGGAGGAGCAACGCACCGUCGCACCACCAACAAAUGUUGCUCCCGGAAUCUCAACAACCAACAACGCUGGCAACACUAGCGCCAGCAACAGCGCAGUCGAGUUGGAGUUUAGUUGCAAGACGGGCAACACGGACUGCGCAACGACAGCGGUAGAGCACAGUGGUCAGACACCUGAUGUACCUGCAAGUGCGACAGCCACGCAUUUAAUAACACUGAUACGCCAGGACUACGCCUGUCUCGACUCCAGCGAAGCACAGUCGGACGAUAGCCACCUGACACGCGAUUCCAUUACCCGUGAGUCCCAGAACGAUGAGCUCUCCUCCUCGACUCACGAGAAACUAGACGUCAGCACUCUUCCGCUGCCCGCUCUCCCCAAGCGUCGUCGCACUCGCUCCCGUACCAGUCCAUCGAAGCAUGUGCACCAGCGACAGCAGCAGCAGCUUCAUGAAGCCAUCGAAAAUGCCAAUGCUGUCGAUGAAAGGUCUGCAGCAGCAAUCCCACAGCCAGUCAAGCCACAACUGCGACCAGUUACUCCAGAUCAAGAAAAGCCAGAGCUAAGCCCGCCGAAAAGCAACGCAGCUGCCAACCAGCAGAAACAGUCACAUUUGCAGCAGCAGCAGAAACACCUCUCUGCCUUCCAGCAGUACGUUGCAAGGCGACGAGAGAGUCUAGAGGCAUCCAACCGUUGUUUCAACGAGAAGCUGGAGGCACGCAAAAUGCACUACCACAUGGGCAGCAGUGCCGUCAAUGAAAACCCUGCCGGCUCUAACGGGAUGCCCACGUACCUUUUCGGGGAACACUACCAUGGGGUCACCGGCUCUGGGCGGAAGUCCUUAUCGCCCUCCACCACCAAAGAAGAGAUAUUCCUAAACAAGUCCGGCUGGGUGCAGGUCAACACGAAGCGUGGGAGUCACAAGGAUGACAGCAGUAGUUAUCGCCGGCUCAGCUAUGGCCAACAGAAUGGAAGAACUCUUUUCCCGGAAAGUGGACGAGGGCGCAGUGCGGCGCGGUCGAUUCCUCCAGACCAUGGGCGUCGCUUAGACCUGGCACGGCAGUCUUUUAUUCAGCAGCAUCAGCAACAGCAGGCCAACAAAGGCAUAACCGAGUCAAAGUUUGUCGGCUCCAAAGUGGAAGAGCUGAUUCAAAAAAACGAAGCUCGACUAAGCGGCUUUUCAUCACGGGACCCUGCGCUCCGUCCGGGCUAUCGGAUUAUAGAUCCCCAACUAGCGAACAUCCUCAACGAGCGGCCAGGUUUCUUACCAGUAAAAAGCGCCAAAGAUCUGGACUCCCCAAUAACUCCGAUUCUCUCGCCACCACCCGCUUUCCAGGACAACAGCCGGGGUGGGCGCCAUCCGGACCGCCGCAAGCCAGUUCGCCAGCAGGACCCGCUGCCGCUUCCUGUGCCGCUCCAGUCGCAGACCCAGUUGGGCACUCAGCAUCCAAAUCCUGGUUCCAGCAAGGGCAUGGUAUUCUCUCGCAGUUUCGAGUACGACACUCGCCGUCCAACGCCCACCAACAGCUAUGUAGACACGUUUUCCCGCAGUUUUGAUGGAAAUUUAUCAGAACGUCCACUCAACCUGGCUGUGAUAUCAGGCCAACGGGAACGGUCGCCAAACUUCAGCACACUGACCGGCAACUCACCCAAUUAUCUAACGAAGCGGGAGAGCGGCGGCGGCAGCAGUGGCUCUCUUCAAAGCCGCGACAAUUCACCCAAAUAUCUGCAUCCACAAGCGACAACGGCCUACUUGAAUACCGCUGUCAAGGAGGCGCCUCCUGUUUACAACGUAGCCACCGGCAGUCAGGCCAAGUACUCCCCGCGUUCCCGUCACGAAAGGACUGCUGAGCGUUCUAAGAGUCACGCUCUAGGACGUUCCCGCAAGUCCCAGUUCAACCGCGUGGGCAGCGCGGGACCUCUGGCAGCACAUCCCAACACACCCAAUAUAGGAGUCUCGCGUUUUCGCAGCUUUGACACGUCCAAGAGCCAGCGCCUCAAUUCCUGUGACAGUGGUGCGAGAUCAGAUCUUUCCAAUGAUGAGCUGGACAACGAGGAUGGCGGCCUAAGCGAGUUUCUCUCUGCCGGCAGUCACAAGUUCCCCAAAGUCGGAACGAGUAGCGUCAGCAUCUCGCCGUUUAAGGUCCAGCGCCAGCGGUCUCUUACACCAGAUCGCAACGAAUCCCAUAGCUCAUCCAGCAGCCUGCGGAAGCAAGGAUCGUUGACUCCCGAAUCCAGGUCCAUGACUCCAGAGGAGCGAUGCAAAAAGGGGUCGCAGCUCUCGUUAAGUGGCACCCGUCAGAACUCUAGCUCCAAGAACAACACGUUGGAGGCCCGCCAACGGCACGAGGAAAAAACGGCACCGAAUAUAUCGCGCAGCUCCUCUAGCUCCAGUUACAGCGGCGGCGAUUCCCAUGAGCACCUCAAUGCUAGCACAAGCUCGACUAUAACAGCCUCGACCGCCCAUCCUGGAAGUGUUUCCAGCAGUCAACGACGCGCGAUGGCCGCAAAGCAGACGGAACAGGAGCACCGCAUCCGUCGCUCGAGAUCAUUACAACUCACCGAGCGCUCUCCAAAUCGAACUCAAAAAUCAACCGUCAACGUGAGUGCUGUGGCCGCCCAGCAGCAACAGUCGUCAGGAUCCUCAUAUCAGCAACCCCGUGCCUCAGGCGGUGGAGUGUUUCCACCCAUUAUUCGCGCUUCUGCAGUUGCAGCUAAGAUGCAUAUGCAUGUCAACCCGCCUGCGCCGCCGGUGAGAGUGCGACAAAACGAGGCGGACAAGGCGCGCUCCUUUGACUUUGACUACAACAACUACAAUCGCACUGGAGGCGCAAAGGGUACAGGCCGAACGGCUCAUAAAAGUGGCAGCGGAGGAGAUAGCGGAAGCAACCAAAAUCUGCGGGCUGAGUCCCGCUCUUUUGACGACGAUUUUCGCGAAGCAGUGCCUAACAACAACAACGGCAGCAGUGGGAGCGGGUUGCGGUUUCUACAGCUUACCACCGAUUCCGGACACGUGUCAAUGGCCUCUUCGUCAUCGUCCCACCUGCGGAAGUCCAGUUCACCCGUUAACGCGUCUGGCAUGGAAUCGUCGCGAUCGCCCCAGUCAUCGGGAUCGUCGUCAACCAAUCUCCACCAGCCAUCGAGACAAUCAGGUAGUCCUCAGAGUUACGGGACACGUCUGUGCGACCAUGAGCUCACAUACGAAAUGCUACGAAAAUCUCCGAUCAUGAACUUUCGUCGGGGAGACAGUAGUGACUACGAGCUGCCGCUAAUGCUUCGGAACAGGGAAACCAUCAACUCUGGGGGCAACAGCGAACUCAACUUUAUGAGUAACGAAACGCGAAUCUACGAACACCCGACAACCGUGCUGAAGCCGCAGCACUCGCUCCGCCAAAGUCCAGGGUCACGGGACGACCAUACCCUAGAGGUUGCAGUCGGAGUGGGUGGUGACUAUAUAUACAGGCAGCAGGCCACCCAACCGCGUAGCAGCAGGACAACCACGGCGACCACCAAAAGCUGCACCAAAACUCUGGAUGCCUGCGACUAUUGGCCUCGCUGCACAGCCUGCCAGGGGAAAAAGACUUUUGAAGCAAUCAUGAGGGACCAGUCCGAGGGCACCGCAUCCUCUACCGAUCUGGAGCACUGGCAGCCUUACGUCACUUCAGUCACUGUUAACAAAGACCCCGCUGGAAUGUGCACAAAGCAGUCAGGUGUAGAAAAAUCUAAUCUGUCGUGGACCUUCUUGUGUAGCGGAAUUGGCACCAUUUGCAAUCGCUUGGCGACAAAGGAAGGUGAAGAGGAAGUGACGGCAGAGGAGAAGGAUAUUGCGCCCAGAUACAGCCAGGAUGCGCAGGACCAAGACCAAGAGAAGGUCGUAAGAAACAAGUGCCACAGGAGGGGACGCAGUCGGUCUCUGCCAAGACAGAUGCUGCGGAUACAUCAACUUGCGGGAAUCCAAAAAAAUGGAAACCAUGGAAUACGGAUAAACAGUGUCCCUGCUGUUGGAUUGUCUCAGCAGAUGAAGGCUGUAUCCAGUCCCACGUUGUCAGAGCCCCUCAUAGAGCUGCCGCAACAAAAGCCAGUAGAGAACACGGAUGUGGCAGUAGCAGGCAGUAGCGGCGGAAAUGGUGGCGGCGGCCUGGGCGUUUUGCAGAAAUUCAAACGCACUUUGAACAACUUUAAUAAGAACCAAAUGCACAUUAUUUCGCUACCGUCGUCGCCAACAGUCAGCAAUCCGCCAAAGACGUCGCCUACAACACCGUCAGUGUCCAUCACAGCUCCAGCAACGACAACAACAGCCAGCGAGCCUGGCGCAGAGGGUGGUGAUGCAACCUCAGGCAAAUACCGAUUUGGACCUCUAAUUUGGCGCACGUCUAAGGAGCGGCGCAAGGCAAAGUACAAUCGACGGGACAAGUGCAACUCCGGCGACUCGGGAAUCCAGAUUGAGCUGGAGCAGGAUGAGCAAUACUCUCGUGCGCUAGCGACCAAUGGCCUGGGGGGAGCGGCUGCGUCGUCCAGUGCAGCCGACUUAAAAGUGCGUUCAAUUCGUCGUACGAAUUCGGCAAAGGUGAGCAGCAUUCUCGGACCCUUUGCUGCAAGGGCCAAAAACGCCAGACAUCUAAACAUGGGGGAUUCUGAAAAAGGGGAACGCGAAGCUCCCGAGUCUCUGCCCACACGAUCGCUAAGCCAACCUAAUGGCCUGGAGUCCUACGGCAUGGUGCACCCGGAUCAAGACGACAGCGACAGUGAUAGUGUCGCGUCGAACGAAGAAGCUAUCAGCUACUACCCAACCAUCUACGCCGAAGUGCUCUACAACUUCACGGCUGGCGGACCACAAGAGCUCGGCCUGGAGCGGGGAAUGCUCAUUGAAAUAUUGCGCAAGGAGGUUGGACCUUGGUGGUUUGGCCGCAUUAAGAAGGAGGAAACCAAUCUCGUGGAGGAAAUUCUGGAUCCUGAGCUGGGCUGGUUCCCUAAGGAGUUUGUGCGCAUUAUUCACUGUCCUGAAACGGACAUCUUCUUUAACGCGCACAGGGCUGCCGCUGCUAAGGCUGAGAAGGGCACAGCUCGUGAGGAGGAAGGGUCCAUUCCUGUUCCUGUUGCGACGUUUGCCGAAGAGGGAGACGUAACCGUGACUACGGACCAAAGCAACGUCACCCUUAUUGUUAUCGAAUCGCCACCAAACCCGCUGAGUGCCCAGCUAAACCACAACACAAUCCUGCGCCGAAGUGCUGUGCGUGAACUACUUGACACGGAGAUCAAUUAUGUCAAACUGCUGGCAUCCAUUUGCGAUGGGUAUCUCCCUGCCAUGAGCAAGCGCAUCGAUAUAUUCUCGCCAAACAGCAUUCGCCUCAUCUUUUCCAACAUUACGACUAUUUAUAAGUUCCAGAGAAAGUUUCUCGAGGCUCUGCGACGUGGAAUCGAACAAAACCAGAUUGCAAAAGUUUUUCUUAAAAUGCACAAAGGAUUUCUAUGCUACUCCAACUACUGCAACGCUUAUCCCCGAGCCCUAAUAGAACUUGAGACUUACGAUCGCGUAAAGGACGCCCGCACUAUCUUAGAAAACUGCCGCGAGUCAGAAAACCUGGCAGAACUUCCGCUCUCCGCCCACCUGCUGGCACCGGUUCAACGCAUAUGCCGCUAUCCCCUGCAUCUCAACGAGAUUAUUAAGUCGGCAUUGGAAAACGUGGUCAAGGUUGCAGACGAAAUAGAUGCUGGAAAGCCGAGUGCCGCCGCCGACUAUGAGCAACUUGACGUCAGUGAACUGGACAUACCCGACUCCCAAGAUACUGUCAAUUUGGCGCUGGAGGCCAUGCGUGGCAUCACAGAGGCGGUUAAUGAGGGAAAACGGCACAGCGAGACGAUUGCCAGGCACCAGGCCAGCUUUCAGAACUUUAAAGGGCCGCCGCUGCACUUGCACAGUGCUCGUUUCUUCCUGCAGGUCGAUGCAACUCGCCAGAAACAAAAUCUGUGGAACAGCAGCUACACUCUGUUUCUAUUCGACAACCAGCUGGUCUACUGCAAACGUGAUAUUAUCAAGCGCAGUCAUUUCAUCUACAAAGGACGCAUUUUUUUGGACCGCUGUCGCGUUGUGAACGUGAGGGACGGAAAGAUGUUUGGACACACCAUCAAGAACUCACUACGCAUCUACUGCGAGUCGCGGGACAAAUGGUACGACUUCAGUUUCCGGUCGGCGAACCGAAAGCACCGCUUCCUAAACACCCUCGCCCUGGAACGUCAGUUUGGAGGCAAAGCUUUAUAUGUAUCGGAAAUGACUGGCUUCGAGUACAACUACGAGGAACGGCCGGGCGACUGCUCCGACCAAUCGGACUACGAGGCACAAGACUUGGAAAUAGCCGCUACGGGAGCCACUUCUGCUAGUGGUGAGAGCUCGGUGCCGGAGUCACCAGCCAAAUCCGCGUCUCGCCUGUGUGAGACGUUGCCCAAAAAGUCGCAGUCCAGGGAUGGCAUAUCCAGCGCAGACACAGCAAACUCUCAAAUAUUGCCCACCACAUCUACAGGUUCGCUGGGAAGGCGCCAUUUCGGCAACUGGUUCCGUAAGCCAAAGAGCGCCAACUGCACACCGAGUCAGUCGCCGACGCACAAGCCGGGAUUUGACGCGGACGCGACGCUGACGGAAGCCCGGGUUGCUGCAAUGGAACUGGCCGAAGCCGCGGCUGCGCUAGGGUCGAUGGACAGUUCGUCCGCGUUAACUCUCGACCCAGUUUAGAUAAGAAUUGCAAAAACCCACAGCAUACAAGAUACAAGCUAAUGUACUCGUACAUAUAGUAUAAAAUAUUUGUUACAAUAAUAUUAAAUUUCCUUUUAUCAAAGUAACAGGUAAUCGAUUGCGUGUUACAUUCUGAUUGAGUUUAUGUUAGUGUUACUUUUUAUUUAAUUGAAAAUUGUGUUUGUUUUUGUUUAAACCGUUUGUCGUUUAAAUCCCCAAUGUCUGUCACAUGUUUGUGGACGAGCAAAUAGUAAUGAGGAAUUAAGAAUUGUAUUAAAAAAAAAAAAAACAAAAAUAAUUGCACAUUUCUGUAAAUUCAAUGCAGUUUUAUGUAAGAAUGUCGCCGACUGCUAGUCUAAAAACCCUAUUACCUGUCCAUACUUGUAAUUCUAGGUUACGUGAUAAAAAACAUCAGCGAAUUAUUUCAAGAAUUCUGUUUGUGUACACCAAUUCGCUUAGAGACCUCCAAAAACCCCUCAAGCUGAAUAGAAAACUACCCACAGAAUUAAUAUUGAGAUACGUUAAGGAACGUAAUUACUUUAAAUGAGCUCGUACUCUUUGUAUUUAACGACAUUUGUUACUGUUUUGUUAGGUCAAUCUAAAAUGACAUAUAUAUUUAAAGUUAAAGAUGCAAAACUUACCUACAACUGAACGAAACAUAUUAAUAAAAGUAGUAAAGUAACGAUAAA